AUGAACUACGCCCAUAGUGUGAGUGGAGGUGCUGGAGGCCAUGGCACCAGGAUCUCCACGGUCACCUACGGGAGCCGCUUCGGUAGUGGUAUGGGCAGCAGCUUCGACUACCAAGCGUCUGGGUCUGGUUCCACGAAGCUCGCCAUUGGUAACGAGAAGAUCGCCAUGCAGCAUCUGAAUGACCGCCUGGCGAGCUACCUGGAGCAAGUGAAGAACCUGGAGAAAGCCAACACCAAGCUGGAGAUCAAGAUCAGGGAGGUGCUGGAGAAGAGGGGCCCAAUGGAGGGGAGAGACUACGCCAAAUACUACGCCGUCAUCGCAGACCUCAGGGCCAAGAUCAUGGACAUGAUCAAGGGCAACGCUCACCUGGCCAUCUCCCUGGACAACGCUCGCCUGGCCUCAGACGACUUCAGAGUCAAGAUGGAGUACGAGCUGUCCAUGAGGCAGACAGUCGAGGCAGAUGUGGCUCGCCUCAGGAAACUUCUGGAUGACACCAACGUGAUCCGCCUUCACCUGGAGAGUGACAUUGAGUCUCUGAAGGAGGAGCUCAUCUCCCUCAAGAAGAACCACGAGGCCGAUGUAACAGAGCUGAGGGCACAGAUCCUGCAGGGGAGCGUGCACGUGGAUGUGGACGCGCCUAAAGGACAGGACCUGGCUCGCGUCAUGGAGGAAAUGAGGGCCAAGUAUGAGAAGAUAACCCUGAAGAACCAGGAGGAGCUCAAGGCAUGGCACGAAUCACAGAUCACAGAGGUCCAGGUGCAGGUGACAGAGAGCACCACAGCCCUGAAAGAAGCCACCACAGUGAUAAGUGAAACCAGGAGGAGAUACCAGGCCCUGGACAUUGAACUGCAGUCUGCUCUCAGCCUGAAAGCGUCCCUGGAGGCCACCUUGAGGGACAUCGAGGCACGUUACAACAUGGAGGUGGAGAAGUACAAUGUCAUCAUUCUCAGACUGCAGGAGGAGCUGACUCAGAUCCGCAAUGAGAUCCAGAACAAUGGUAGAGAAUACGAAAACCUCCUCAACAUCAAGAUCAAACUGGAGACUGAGAUCGCGGAGUACAGACGCCUGCUGGACGGAGGAGAUCUCAAGUGA